CGGUGUAAACUGUAAGACUGGUGUAAUCUGUAUUUUGCUAAGUUAUCCCAAGUGCCGUUUACGCUUUAAUUUAAUUUUUAUAAAUUACUGAUAAUAUUAUUAGUGUAUAAUUAGUGUGAAUAUUUUCUAAACAUACAAAAAUGGAUCAAAUGCUUCCUAGUCCGUACAACAUACCAGGCAUAGGAACGCCUUUACAUCAACCUGAAGAAGACCAACAGAUUUUGCCAAAUGCUAUGCAACAGCAGCAGAAACAACAACAACAGCAACAGCAACAACAACAACAACAUUCGUUGGCGUCAUUAGGAUCCUCACCACUUGUUGGCUUUGGCGCUUCUUUAAUGGGAACACCAAACCAUUCUAUGCAUACAUAUGCACCAGUUUCUAGCUAUGCGACUCCUCAACAGAUGAUGCAACCUCAGACGCCGCAAAAUAUGAUGUCGCCGAUGAUCUCUGGGGCAGGAAUAUCAAGUCAACAAAUGCUUAGUCAGGCUAGUCCAGCCCCAAUGACACCUAUGACUCCACAUUCUGCAGAUCCAGGAAUCUUGCCACAGUUACAGAAUAUUGUUUCAACUGUUAAUUUAAAUUGUAAAUUGGAUCUUAAGAAAAUAGCACUACAUGCCAGAAAUGCUGAAUACAAUCCUAAACGGUUUGCAGCUGUGAUAAUGAGGAUAAGAGAGCCAAGAACAACAGCAUUAAUAUUUUCUUCUGGUAAAAUGGUGUGUACAGGGGCAAAAAGCGAAGAGGAUUCAAGAUUGGCUGCUAGGAAAUAUGCAAGAAUCAUUCAAAAAUUGGGUUUUGUAGCAAAAUUCUUGGAUUUUAAAAUUCAAAAUAUGGUCGGCAGCUGUGAUGUGAAAUUUCCAAUUCGGUUAGAAGGAUUAGUGCUCACACAUGGUCAGUUCAGUUCAUAUGAGCCUGAGUUGUUUCCGGGACUUAUUUAUAGAAUGGUGAAACCUAGAAUAGUUCUACUCAUUUUCGUGUCUGGAAAAGUGGUAUUGACUGGAGCUAAAGUUAGACAAGAAAUAUAUGAAGCUUUUGACAACAUCUACCCUAUAUUGAAAAGCUUUAAAAAACAGUAGUGAUAGUGACUAGUGUUAAUUUUAUAAGUUAAUAGUUAAAUUGAAUUAGAAAUAAGUGUUCUGUUAAAUUAUGAAGUAAGUAUUAAAGAAUUUAUAUUGAAUAAAAAAAAACAUGAACGUAAUAAAAAUGAACAUUUUAUGAAA